CUCACCAUUCAACGGAGUUGGAACACAUAAGAUAGAAAAAUUUUCUGCAGAGAAGUUCACAUAGUUCCCCUUGACUUUCCUCAGCCCCCCGGCACAAGCGCAAACUCUCCCCUUAAAUCUCUUAGGAGCCCGCUACACGCGCAGACCUCUGCGCAUGCUCAAACCCACCGUUUCUGGUGCCCCAUCUAUACGGAUUGCGCAUGUGCGAAAGCGAGACGAGUUUUUUUGUCCCAAGGCCUUGCCGUACCGUCCAGGCGGCGAGUUGCGUCGGGGUUCAGUAGUGUUUGCAGCGUGUGUCGAGCGUUGUUUCGCUACGGUCGCCACCGCCGAAAUGAACCGCGAGAGCUUCGCGGCGGGCGAGCGGCUGGUGUCGCCGGCUUACGUACGGCAAGGCUGUGAGGCCCGCCGCUCGCAUGAGCACCUCAUACGGCUGCUUCUGGAGAAGGGCAAGUGUCCAGAGGACGGUUGGGAUGAAAGUACACUUGAGCUCUUUUUACAUGAACUUGCAGUCAUGGACAGCAACAAUUUCCUGGGCAAUUGUGGUGUGGGUGAAAGAGAAGGGAGAGUGGCAUCUGCAUUAGUUGCUCGGCGUCAUUACAGGUUCAUUCAUGGAAUUGGACGAUCGGGUGAUAUUUCUGCUGUGCAACCAAAAGCUGCAGGUUCUAGCCUUUUGAACAAAAUUACCAAUUCUUUGGUCCUGGACAUCAUAAAGUUGGCUGGUGUCCAUACAGUGACCAACUGCUUUGUAGUUCCUAUGGCAACUGGUAUGAGUCUAACAUUGUGUUUCUUAACAUUACGACACAAAAGACCAAAGGCAAAGUAUAUUAUAUGGCCAAGAAUAGACCAGAAGUCCUGCUUUAAAUCCAUGAUCACUGCAGGUUUUGAGCCUGUGGUGAUAGAGAACGUGUUAGAAGGUGACGAGCUGCGCACAGACCUGGAAGCCGUGGAGGCUAAAGUCCGGGAACUUGGGCCUGAUCACAUUCUGUGCGUUCAUUCCACGACAUCUUGUUUUGCUCCACGGGUGCCUGAUAGGUUAGAAGAGCUGGCUGUGAUUUGCGCUGACUACGGCAUCCCACAUGUGGUCAACAAUGCUUACGGGGUGCAGUCUUCCAAGUGCAUGCACCUCAUCCAGCAGGGGGCUCGAGUUGGUAGAAUAGAUGCUUUCGUUCAGAGCUUGGACAAAAAUUUCAUGGUUCCAGUAGGUGGCGCUAUAAUUGCUGGCUUUGAUGAUUCCUUCAUUCAGGAAAUCAGCAAGAUGUAUCCAGGAAGAGCUUCUGCUUCACCUUCUUUAGAUGUCCUCAUCACUUUAUUAUCACUUGGAUCAAAUGGCUAUAAGAAGCUAUUGAAAGAAAGAAAGGAAAUGUUUUCAUAUUUGUCCAGCCAACUAAAGAAGCUGUCAGAAACCUACAAUGAAAGACUGUUGCAUACACCUCACAAUCCUAUAUCAUUAGCUGUGACACUUAAGACACUAGGUGAACACCAAGACAGGGCUGUCACCCAGCUUGGCUCGAUGCUGUUUACCAGACAGGUUUCUGGAGCCAGGGUUGUGCCUCUUGGGUCUGUGCAAACGAGGUUUUGGAAUAACAGUUCUAUUCCUGCUGGUUUAACUCUGACCUUGAGGUCCUGGAAUUCACAAGAGUUUUUGAAGGGGUGUCAUGGGUUUCCUUCACGCCCAGCUGAGCAUCAUUUUUACUCACUGUAGCCCAUUUCCACAUAUAAGUGUAAAAAAGUAUAUACGUAUAAUUAUUUAUUUUAAAUUGCUAGUACCGUUUGGUAAGCCUCAUAAUUGGCCUCAGUUACCCUUGAACUGUGGCAGAGGGGCCGUCGGCUGAUACAUUUUCCAAUCAUGACCAAGAUGACCUGUCUUUAUGAUCCAGCUGCCCUUAUUAAGGCUCUCAGGUAGAGUUUUGGAGUUUGGUUCUUAAAGUCACUGGACUGUGGUGGUCUUCCCAGGAAAGAAAAUUGAAUAACACAAAAUAUUCUUGAGGUCACUACACAAUGUGUUACUUAUACGCACAGCAGGGAAAGGUAUUUUAAAAUUCAGCUCUCAAUUUGGCUCUUAUAUCCUCUGUUGAUGAAUUCUCGCUCUAUCAGGAAAUGAUAUGUGAUACCAGACUUAGGAACUAGGUGUUCAACUAUAAAUCUUUCUGUUUAGCUUUUUGUAUUAGUUGAAUGAAGUUAUAGAAUGUGAAUUAUUGAAUACAGUUCUGUUCAGCCAAUAGGCACUUGGUAUACACAAUGGUAAAUUUAAAUAUAAAUUAAGUUUUUUCUGGUAUUUCUCCCCAGCACCCCAUAACAGCUGUCACUGAGGCCUAAGCUCUUGGAUGUGAUUUUAUUUUUAGACUAUAUACCUAUGAUAGAUGUGAGUAAAACUUAAAUAAAGGCAAAUGUUUUUAACCA